CAUCCGGGAACCGAGGAAGGCCCAGAGGCCGGGUGGCGAUGGCGGCCUCCUGCGCCGAGAUCCUGCGGAGGGAGUUCCCGGAACUCGACGGGGAGAUGUUCGAUUACGUGACCGGGGUGCUGCACAGCGGCAGCUCAGACUUUGAGUCAGUGGAUGAUCUGUUUGAAGCAGUCGGGGAGCUCUUGCAAGAUGUGGCCAGAGACUCGAAGGACGAUGAGGACAUCCGUGCUAUCUGCCAGCGGAUGUACAACACUCUCCAUAUGGACAGCGAAAACUCCCAGGGUAGCAGACAGGUGCUCCUGGAUGCCCCCAUCCAGCUUUCGAAGAUCACAGACAAUUAUGAUUCCGGCUUGGAUGUGCUGCCAGGGAUGAUGUUGAAGAGAGAUCAGAACUCGAUAGUGAAUGCCAAGAAGCUGGAGAAAGCAGAGGCUCGCCUCAAAGCCAAGCAGACUAAGAAGCAGGACCGAGAUUCUAUGAAGUCUGGAAGCCCAUUGGUGCUUGAAGAAGCAUCUGCCAGCCAAGCAGCCAGCAAGAAGGAAACUCGUCUCGAGACAUCAGGCAAGAACAAAUCCUACGAUGUACGCAUUGAGAACUUCGACGUGUCCUUCGGUGAGCGUGUCCUCCUCACUGGUGCAGACUUGAACCUGGCAUAUGGCCGGCGGUAUGGCCUGGUGGGCCGGAACGGGUUGGGCAAAACGACGUUGUUGAAGAUGAUUGCCAGUAGUAACUUGCGCAUCCCCUCACACAUCAGCAUCCUCCACGUGGAGCAGGAAGUGGCAGGGGAUGAUACGCCAGCCCUGCAGAGCGUGCUAGAGUGUGAUACCACCCGCGAGAGUCUGCUGAAGGAGGAGAAGGAGCUGACAGCCCGAGUCAAUUCUGGAAGGGGAGAAGGCACUGAAGGUGCUCGACUGUCAGAAAUCUAUGCCAGGCUAGAAGAGAUUGAGGCGGACAAGGCUCCAGCAAGAGCAUCUGUCAUUCUGGCUGGGCUGGGAUUCAGUGCAAAGAUGCAGCAACAGACAACCAAAGAGUUUUCAGGUGGUUGGAGAAUGAGGCUGGCUUUAGCUCGUGCCCUUUUCGCCAGGCCUGACCUCCUCCUGCUUGAUGAGCCGACCAACAUGUUGGAUGUGAAGGCUAUCAUCUGGCUGGAGAACUAUUUGCAGACAUGGCAGUCGACCAUCCUGGUCGUGUCCCACGAUCGGAACUUCCUGAACGCCGUGGCCACUGACGUCAUCCACCUCCACUCGCAGCGGCUCGACAGUUAUCGUGGCGAUUUUGAGAACUUCGUCAAGAUCAAAGAAGAGCGGUUGAAGAACCAGCAGCGCGAGUUUGAGGCUCAGCAACAGUAUCGAGAGCACAUCCAGGUCUUUAUUGAUAGAUUUCGCUAUAAUGCAAACCGGGCAUCUCAAGUGCAGAGCAAACUCAAACUUCUGGAGAAGCUGCCAAAAUUGAAACCUGUGGACAAAGACUCUGAAGUGAUAAUGAAGUUCCCAGAUGGCUUUGAGAAGUUUUCUCCUCCCAUCUUGCAACUGGAUGAAGUGGACUUUUACUAUGAGCCCAACAACUACAUCUUUCGCUCCCUCUCAGUCUCAGCCGACCUGGAGUCCCGCAUCUGUGUGGUAGGGGAGAAUGGAGCUGGCAAGUCUACAAUGUUGAAGAUCUUGAUGGGAGAUCUGGCACCUGUUGAAGGAAUUAGGCAUGCUCACAGGAACCUUAAGAUUGGCUAUUUUAGCCAGCACCAUGUUGAUCAGCUGGAUCUCAACAUCAGUGCCACAGAGCUACUAGCAAAGAAAUUUCCAGGGAAGACAGAGGAGGAGUACCGCCAUCAGCUGGGAUGCUAUGGAGUCUCUGGCGAGUUAGCCGUCCGUCCUGUUGCCAGCCUGUCUGGAGGCCAGAAAAGCAGAGUGGCUUUUGCUCAGAUGACCAUGCCUUGCCCAAACUUCUACAUUCUGGAUGAGCCGACAAACCACCUUGACAUGGAGACCAUUGAGGCCCUGGCCAAAGCGCUCAACAAUUUCCGGGGUGGUCUGAUUCUCGUUUCCCAUGACGAGCGUUUCAUCCGGUUGGUGUGCCAGGAGCUGUGGGUGUGUGGGAAUGGCACUGUGCAGCGCAUUGAGGGAGGCUUUGAAGAGUACAGAAACAUCCUGCAAGAGCAGUUUCGGAAGGAGGGCUUUCUAUAAAGCAGGUGCCCAGACUGUGUGCGUCAGCUGUUUGGGAGCGGAGUAAGCCGCCCAGCAACCCCCAUCAUAACCUGAUGGUACAGCAGGGGCUUCGCCUACAUCAUGUGAACAUUAGCUGUGCCUGUUGGGUUAACCCUUCCAACACCCCGCCCCGCCCCAGAAGCCUGCACCUGCUGGGGAUUGCAGGGGGAGGAAAGCGACCAGAGUUGCCCGUUUUGCUGCUGGAUCUGUGCCAAGUCUCUGCUGGGCAGGGACCAAAGGAUGGCAGAGAGAGAGGUGGGGAGUGCCCAGUGCUGCUUUUUUGGACAGGAGGAGGGGAGGUACCUGCUGCAAGCAAUCCCUUCUCUCUCUCCACCUGUCUCCUUGGUAGAAUUGAACCUGAUGCUGUCAUGUUCAGUGAGCAGUCAGGUGGUUUGUGCGUGUGUAAAAUGCUGCUAAAUGUUGCACAUUGAGUAGCUGCUCCAGGAAAAAGGGUGGAACUGCAAACUUGCCAUAGAAAUGGUUGGGGUGGGGUGGGGUCUUCCUUCUCCCCCCACCAUUCCGCAGUAAAGAGGUCCUGCCUCUUCUUCUAACUGUCAAACACACAAUUCAGAUCCUCUUAGGAAAGCAUUUCUCUCUUCAUGGCUUAGCCUUCAGUUCCCCUUUCUAUCCUGUGCAGGUGAUGCUUUUGUAGGGUGGAAGGCAGGGAGGGGUGGUGUCUCUCCUCCCCGUCUUCACUCUGGGCUGCGAUCUUGGAAAUGGGUAGGGAUAAGGCCAGAGUUCUUCUGGGGUGGAAACACAACAGUUGACCCCACUGUCUGCCAGAAGGUGGUUGGUGGUCUUGGCAGUUCCGUUGUUGGGGCUUUUAAUAUAAGCCAGCAUUUGCCAAGCUGGUGCCCUGCAGAUGUUUUGGACUACAAUCCUGGCUAUAUUCCCAAAACAUAUGCUUUACACUAGGUUGGCAAAUGGUGGUUAAGCUGCUCAAAUGAAUUGGUCCACACAUCUGUCCGGUCUCUGAGCUUCUAACGGUCUAAACUCCAUGCAGGACUUCCGUUCUGUCUCAGCUAACACACCGUGUCUUGGUAAUUUAAAAAGAGAGAGAUUUUUUUUCUGUUGCAAGGCAAAUUUUCAACACCCUGAUCAUCAGCAUUGAGGUUGCUCUGUAAAUAAAAUGGGAUCUCUCUGG